UCGCUGGACGCCUCAUGGUUGCAUGAGGCCAGCCCCAGGUGGCCGCGCCGCAAGCGACUUCGAGAUCUAGCUGUGCAUCUAAUUUUGGCUCAAACCCUUCGCGGAGGGUUGGUUCUCUCUCUCGAAGCGAGGGCCAACGGGCAACAGCUUGUUUCGGUUGGGCGAUGGUCUGGCUCGAGAUUCAAACCGCAGCCGGGCUUGGUCGGUCUCUUGGUGUCGAGAGCCACCAUCGGAGUGGGCAUCACGCCUCCAACCGAGGCCACGCGCCGUGGCCAACGCGAGCUGGAUGAUGGGAGGGUAACAAGGAAGAGAAGUCGGACAAUCCUCUUCUAUAAAGCGACAGGUUCCGCAACCCGUUGUUGUCUUGAUUCUCCCCAGACUCGACAGCGCCGACAACACCUCAGCCAAACACACUUUCCCGUCACAUUUCCUCAGCACCUCACCCAGGCACGCAGGCAUACUCCUUCUCUCCCACGCACGGCAACUUCCAUUCGGAGCAACGCACGCCUUGCACGCUAUCCCAUCCCAUUCCCAGUCCACCCCUACCAACCAUCUCCUGACCAACCUCCGCCUACCCGCCGUCACCAUGACCAAGUGCAGCCAGUGCCCCAACGACAAGACCGAGGGUCCCGGCUGGGUCAUGAAGAAACCCCAGUGCUUCUCGCCGGGCUGCGUCCGCGGCUGGAAGAAGUGUACUUCGUGCACCUACGUCAAUGGGUACAUGGUGAAGUGCUGCGGGUCCUGCGGCAGCGUUAGCGAUGGAAAGCCGGCGGGCCAGAAAAGGUGCUCGGCGUGCGACGGCACGGGUUAUUCUAGCCAGACGCCCAUGAAGCACGCCUGUACCCAGCCGCACAACCAACCUGCCUCCCGGCUUGGAUCGCGCCCCGGGAGCUCGGCUGGUUCGCGGCCCCCGAGCCACAGGCAUUGAAGGUUGACUUGUCGGUAACUUG